UCAUCUCCAGCACAGGCACGCUUCAUUCAGACGACACACAGACACCCUACAGAGGCCAUGGGGAACCAGAAGAAUAUCUGGAUCUCUGCUCUGGUCCUGGUGGCUCUUUUACAGCAAGUCAGCGGACUAUCCGAUACCCAGGUCUGUAACCCAGGUGUAGGUGACAGUAUACACAAAUAUGGUGCAAAAACCAUAAAUGGGACCCAGUACAUCCCAUUCUCCCAUUACGCUGGGAAGCAUGUCCUCAUUGUCAAUGUGGCCACCUACUGAGGACUCACCUUCCAGUAUGUAGAACUGAAUGCACUACACGAGGAGUUCCGGGAUGUUGGAUUCACUAUCCUCGGGUUCCCUUGCAACCAGUUUGGGAAACAAGAGCCUGGAGACAAUAAUGAAAUUCUUCCUGCAUUAAAGUAUGUUCGUCCAGGCAAUGGAUUUGUUCCAAACUUCCCGUUAUUUGAGAAGGUGGAUGUGAAUGGAGACAAUGAACAGGCCCUUUUCACAUUUUUAAAGAAUGCUUGCCCUCCUGUGGGAGAAAGUUUCGGUAACACCAACAGAUUGUUUUGGGAUCCUCUCAAGAUCAACGACAUAAAGUGGAACUUUGAGAAGUUUCUGGUGGGGCCAGACGGCAGACCUGUAAUGAGGUGGUUUCCCCGAGUGAACGUAUCUGAAGUUAGGGCAGACAUCUUGAAAUACUUUCGUCAGCUUGUACAAAAGGCUGAUUAACUUUGAAAGAGUGGAUUCAGCUGUACAUUCACCCCUCUAUUUCUCUCUCUCUUUCUCUUUCUCUUUCCAGCAUAAACUGUGUUAAACUAGUUAAAGGAAUAGUUAACUU